CCCAAAAGAACCCCAAAGUCAAGGAUGGCGUCGCGUUUCUACAAGCACUGGAGGACGAAGAGGCAGUUGAAGUACCGAUGAACGGAAUUGGAUUUGUUUCUUUCGUUGACACCGGUCUCAAAGCUAUUGGAACCCAAGAUCUAAACAGCUGCAUGGCAGUCAUCAUGGCAACUUCAAAGGGUGCCGUACUAGCCCAUAUUUCCCCCCUGCCUGGGCCUACAACUGAUCCGGAUGCUUCAAUCAACCACACCCGAAAUAUGAUGGCCGACUUUUGGGGGAAAUGUCAGGAGAAUCUGAAGGGAACAGAACUUAGAAACUCAGUUCUUGUAUAUGCGAUGUUUCAGGGACAGGUUGCAAUGCCAGAACAACGGGAUUACAUUCAUAAUGUACUCCUGGAAAACAUGGAUGAAGACCAGUUCCCAAGAGAGUACUCAUAUACUGUGCAUCUGGGGGGUCAUAUCGAUUUAGCUCAGGACACUGUCUUUAUUGACGGCCGAGGGGAUAAGCCGAGGCUCUUUGUCGAAAAUGUUGAGACAAAAUUGCUCGGACCAUGAGCCUUGUCUGUAUUAGUCUAGGUAUUUCUGCACAAGUAUCAGCAUUUCAACGCUCUCAUAAAAUGUUGGUGAUUUAUUGUGUUGAUCUGGGGGUUAUUUCUUUUGGGGAUAGAACGAAGCUUGGUCCCUAGGUUAUUAUUAUGCUUGACUAUAAGAUG